UGUGCGUAGCUAGUCUCUCACAAGCUUCUGCUGGCUGGGAAACGCCAGACAGAUGCUGGGCUAGCCGGCCACUGCAACAGGUAAACAGCUCUUUCUCCAUCGCCCCCUCCUUGCUGCCCUGCCUGCCCCCCACAGCCCUGCUCCCUCCCCUUUCGCCCCCUCCAAUUCAGCGGGUGCUGCUGAGCCCUUUGGAGAAGAAAAAUAACUCCAGCUCCCGCCGGCCGCCAAACCCUGGCACGAGCUGGCGCCCUCUGCUUCCCAGCCAGCCAGAGAGAGGAGGCGCCCGUUGCAGUUUGGAUACCGUCGGAGCAAGAUCUGUCGUCCCGCUACGGGUCUCGGUCCGGAGGGCGUCCCGCAAGCAAAGGGGCCAUCCCCAGAGAAGAACCCAGAGGGGAAAGGAUGCGCUAGGAGCUCAACCAGCGGCCCCAUGCCUGCCCGCGACCAGUCGUGCGGCUGCAGCCGGGGACCCAACGUGGAGCGUGGGAAGUGGUACGGGGUCCGCUCCUACCUUCACCUCUUCUACGAGGACUGCACCGGUGCCGGUCUGGCUGAUGACGUGACCGAACCCCCACUCUCCCGUGCCCAUGGCGGAUGGCCCUCCCUCGUCUGGAAGGUGAGUCUCUCAGCGGGAAUGCUGCUCUUGCUGAUUGGAGCCGCAGCGCUGGCCACAGGGUACCUGGUGCCCCCGAAGCUGGAGGGCAUCGGCGAGGAAGAGUUUAUGGUGCUUGACCUGCAGGCGAUGGCCUAUAACCAUGCCCUGGUGACCUGCAGACUGGUGGGCACUGUCCUGUGCGCCAUGGCCGGGGCCCUGGGGGCGGCGGGCGCCCUGGCGUGCGUGCUGGGCAGGGCUGCGCGAGGGGGCGAGGAAGAGGAGGAGCAGCAGCUGUCGCCCAUUCUGCGGGACAGCCCCCUGAAGAAGCACAGCACCAUCAUCAUGCCGCCGGCAGCAGCAGGAUCACCUGCUGUGCCCUUCGGCGCUUCGCAGAUACAAAACAUACAGCCAAAGAGGGACACACAGCGCCCCCUCCUGUCCCCCUCCACCGCCGCACCCGCUCCCUGAAGCUAAGAGCUCUUCUGUCUCCCCCGCGUUACUGCCACACCCGAUUAACAGCCCCACUGCCCCUGGCUCUAAGGAGCCCUGACGUCACCAUUCAGCGCUAGCAGGAGGAAGGUGUGUGCAGCCCCUGGACCCCUUCCCGCUGCUUCAUCUGCAGAACCUGGGGAGGAGUGUGGCCUGGCCCCCAUGUGAGAAGAUCUGAGAACUGCUGGAGGUGUCUUCUGGCCAGGCCACCUGGCUCAAACCAGAACAGAAAUGCCCCUGACUCAGCCUUUAAGCCAAUAGGAUCCUUUCAUGCCACAUCAUCUGGAGGCGGGGCUACAACUGCAACCUAUCAGCAAGAAGGAAACUGCGUUCGGAGGUAGAGGUGGAGUGCGAUUGGCCAUCACCUAAUGGACAAAGUCCCAACUUUUCUGUGGUCCACCUUCCUCUGCUCUGCUUCCUGGUCAGCUGUAACCGAUGAAAGUGUCUGAGUACCGGUCCAGCAAUGUCCUCCUUCCAUGCUGGUUCAAUAAAGAUACAAAGAAACUCA